AUGGCGGAUUCCGUUAAUACUUAUGAAUUGGCAUAUAAUUAUGCUUGUACAUAUCUCGGGCGAAAAGAUUUUAAAAAAGUAGAAAAAUUGUUGAUUACUGCAAGAAAUAUAUGUCGAAAAUCUUUGACUGAAGAUGAUUAUAGUGAGGAAGAGAUUGAACAAGAAUUAGGUACAAUCAAUGUACAAUUAGCAUAUUUAUACCAACUUCUGGGCCGGAUAACUGAGGCCAUCGACCUUUAUCAAAGGACAGAUAUGACUGUUUCAGCCAUUGCAUCUAAUAAUUUUGUCGCUGCUAAAAAGGAUAGUGAAUUGUUUGAUUCUGCUCGUAAAUUAAAAGUUGCAAGCGCAACUACAUUAGAUACUAAAUUGUUUAGAAGGCAGCGUCGCAUAAUCGCGAUGAAUGAAGCAUUAUUAUCAUUGUAUAUGCAUAAGUAUACUACAUGCCAAGAUGUUACUCGUAGGUUACUAGAAGCUUAUCCUGAAAAUGAUGAUCUUUAUCUCAUUUUAGCUUCAAUCUCUUAUCGUCAAAAAAAGGUUACAAAGGCUAUCCAGGAAUUACAAGAAUUUGCAAA